GAGACCGGCAGCAGUCGAAGAAGACUGUGUACUGGCUCAGUAGCAGAUGUGCUAACUCAAGAGUUCUGUGAUUUAUAACAGAAAUAUGUAGUUAUUUCAGUCUGUCUCUUAAUAAAACAGGUAGAUAUGAAGCUGUACUUUAUUAAACUUUCACACAGAGGCUGUGAUAUCAACUGUUUAGCUGCCGGAGUCUGACUGCAGGUCUAAACUGGAUGUGAACAUGAAGUCAAGAAGAAGAAGAGGAGAUAAACAGGCGGCUGCUUCCUGCCAGCCUGACGCUCAUCCUCCCGCCCCACACAGUCCUGCCAGUCUGCUGCCCUCCGGCACGGCCAGACGUUCCUCCCAGAAGAAGCACAGUAUCUGUAUGGUGUCUGACUUCUUCUACCCCAACAUGGGCGGAGUCGAGAGCCACAUCUACCAGCUCUCACAGUGUCUCUUAGAGAGGGGGCACAAGGUGGUGAUCGCUACGCAUGCGUACGGAGACCGGCGUGGAGUUCGCUACCUCACCAACGGCCUGAAGGUCUAUUACCUCCCACUGCAGGUGAUGUAUAACCAGUCCACAGCCACCUCCUGCUUCCACAGCUUACCUCUGCUCAGGUGUGUGUUCGUACGCGAGCACAUCACUGUGGUACACGCCCACAGCUCCUUCUCGGCCAUGGCCCAUGAUGCUUUGUUCCACGCCAAGACCAUGGGCCUCAACACGGUGUUCACUGAUCACUCGCUCUUCGGGUUCGCUGAUCUGAGCUCAGUGCUAACCAACAAACUGCUGACUGUAACGCUGUGUGACACCAAUCACAUCGUGUGUGUGUCGUACACCAGUAAAGAGAACACUGUUCUGAGAGCUGCUCUAAACCCCGACAUCGUCUCUGUGAUCCCCAACGCUGUGGACCCCACCGACUUCACCCCCGACCCCGGUUCCCGUGACGACAGCAAGAUCACCAUCGUUGUAGUGAGCCGCCUGGUGUACAGGAAAGGAAUAGAUCUGCUUGGUGGAAUCAUCCCAGAGUUGUGUGCCAAACAUCCGGAUCUUUGCUUUCUGAUUGGCGGAGAAGGUCCGAAGAGAAUCGUUCUGGAGGAGGUUAGAGAGAAGUAUCAGCUACAUGACCGGGUGCGUCUGCUGGGGGCUCUCGAUCAUAAGGACGUGAGAGACGUUCUCGUUCAGGGUCACAUCUUCCUCAACACUUCACUGACUGAAGCUUUCUGCAUGGCCAUAGUGGAGGGAGCCUGCUGUGGUCUUCAGGUAGUGAGCACUCGUGUGGGAGGUAUACCUGAGGUUCUUCCGGAUGAGCUGGUGACUCUGUGUGAGCCCACGGUGAGCUCUCUCUGUGCAGGACUGGAGUCAGUAAUCUCCAGGCAGCGCUCGGGCAGCGUACCGCCUCCAGCAGCCAUCCACCGCCAAGUUCAGAACCUCUACACCUGGAGGAACAUCGCUGAACGCACAGAGAAGGUUUAUGAUCAGGCGUGCCAGCAGCCCGUCUUGACGUUGCCUGCCCGUCUGCAGAGGCUGCGCAGCCACUGUGGUGCAGUUGCCGGGUCCAUCUUCUCCUUUAUGGCCGUCAUCAACUUCCUUUUCCUGCUGUUUCUGCAGUGGCUCCACCCCGUUCACCUCAUGGACGCUGCGAUAGAUGCGUCGGGUCCAGACAGCUGCUGGAGGAAGAGCUUUAAAAAGGGGAAAUCUAAAGAUCCACAUCCUGAUUAACAUGCAGUUGCCAGAAUAACUAUAAUUUAAGACUAAUUAUGAGAUUCUGGCACUGCUGCUUAUUUUAUAUUUGCUAAUAUAUAUUAAAGAGAUUAUUAUUAUAUGGUUAUUAUUAUAAUUUUUUUAACUUUUUUUUUUGUUUUACAGAUUUUAAAGAAAUAAUAUAAUAAAAGUUUACAUUCCAGUGAAUUAAACUCCUGUGAAACUUCUGUGAGCUUGAGAAUUCUGCCCUCUGCUGGUGGAGAAUUAAACACUGUACACUGUAAAGCUGUUGGAUUUUUUUUUUGGGUAUUUGUUGUUUUUUUUUUUUUUUUUUUACAUUUUUUUAAGCUUUUCACUGUUAUCAGAUAAAAACCUUUUUGUGAGAAGGGCUUCUUUUUUAAUCUAUUUAUUUAAAUAGAAAGUACCCGGGAUCUCUUUUAUACGUUUGCAUUGCUGCUGGUACUAUUUUGCAUUUAUUAACUGUAUAGUUUGUAAUAUUUUAAUACCUGAAACAUGCUCAUUCUUUCUUAAAGGAAUUUAAAUGAUAUUGAGCAAAAAUGUUUAUCUGUAUUGAAGUGUCGUGUUUAUUUUGUUUAAUUUUGUAAUGUUUUAUAUUUUUGCUUAAAUAAUUACAAAUAACACACAAGUGUUAAAUCAAACUGAACUGCUUGAAUUUUUGCACCAGGAGUAAAGCAGCAUAAAGUUAUCCAAAAGCAGUGUGUAAGACUGGUGGAGGAGAACAUGAUGCCAAGAUGCAUGAAAAAACUGUUAUUACAAAUUAUUUCUGAGCUCUUAAAACUUUAUGAAUAUGAA